AUGUGCGAGCCGCUUCGGAAGGCCAUCGUCGUUAUCUUAGCCCUGCUGCAGGGCAUGUCAGUGGUGCUGAUGGGUUUGGCAAGCUGGCCCGCGCAGAUUCUUUGUGCAGCUGCCCUUGUGCUCUUUAUGUCUCUGUGGGCCAUCUUGAUCACCAGGUACAUACUACUUUACUCACCUCCAAAUCGAAUUGGUGCUGUGAACGGGGUCUUUUCAUUGGGCGUCACGCUCAUUGGCAUGCCAAUGCAGUUGACCGGGUUCUGGGUGACUUCGAUUCUGCCAUCAGGUCUGGACGCAUAUUGGCUCCCAAUGUUCGUUGUUGGCAGCAGCGGCACGCUUGCCCUAGCCGCCUACUCCAUCUACUUCCAUAAGUUCCCCCCUCCGAGCAGUCCGGUUUUGCUGCCCGAAGACGAGUCCGAGUUGGCGAAAGGAUUUGGCUGCAGAAAUUUGGAGGAAGUCUGCAUCAUCACCCACACAAAGACCAAGGCUGAGCUCGUCAGGAAGCUGGCCUCCUCGAAGCCGGAGGACAUGCAGAGCCUCAUCAAAAGCUUCGAUGUACGGAAGAUGAUGGAGAUAACGACACAGCGACCGGUCAUGGAUCUUGCUGACAUGAUAGAGGCGAACGACGACGAAGAUGAGGAGCCAGAAGAGGAAGUGGAAGGGCCACGGACGACCACAGCGGCUUUGGAGGCAAGGCUAGCGGCUUCCAACUUGCAUGAACCACAUCUUCGCUCCCGCAGCUGCUACCUGGCACGGAUUAUCGCAGCAGGCGACAAGAAAGCACUGCGGGAAUACUUCCUCAAUGAGCCAGUGGAGGACAUGUGGAACGUUAACGUGUACUUGUCGGAGCAGCAAACUGACGCAGAGCAGAAGCAGCAAGACAGAGCCUUCCGCAAGUUGAUCUCGGGCAAGGAUCUCGGGGAUUUCGCUCGCGGCAGUCGUGCGGCGGUGGUCGUCGCAGGGAGUAGGGGUCGCAUUUUGAAAGUCUUGCAAGUAUGGUCGGCGGAGUUUGCCGCUCUGCUUCGGGAACGUCCCGAGCUCAAACCCUUCGCCCUGCACAUGAUGAUGCAGGCAUUGGAGAAGAAGAUGGCUUCCGCUUCCACUGGUCGGAAGAGCAAGAAGUGA